GAGCCAAGGUGAGUGAACCUUGCCCCAGAGGCCUGUCACAGCCGGGACAGGGACGCUGUCCGAGGCCACACCAUGGCGGGCCUGUUGUGCUUCAUCCUGCUCAGCACCUCGCUGGCCAGCCUUCUAUCGCCAGGGGACAGUGUGUUCAUUAGCCGGGAACGUGCCAAUACCGUCCUGGAAAGGAUCCGGAGGGCGAAUUCAUUUCUAGAAGAGAUGAAGAAAGGAAACCUUGAAAGAGAGUGUUUGGAAGAGACUUGUUCCUAUGAAGAGGCCCGAGAAGUCUUUGAGGACACCCAGAAAACGAAUGAAUUCUGGAAUAAAUACAAAGAUGGCGACCAGUGUGAAAGCGAUCCUUGCCAGAAUCAGGGCAUGUGUAAAGACGGCCUCGGGGAAUACACAUGCACCUGUUCGGAAGGAUAUGAAGGCAAAAACUGUGAAUUACUCACACGGAAAUUCUGCAGCCUGGACAAUGGGGACUGCGACCAGUUCUGCAGUGAGGAGAGGAACUCUGUGGUGUGUUCCUGUGCCAGUGGGUACAUCCUGGGUGACAACGGCAAGUCCUGCAUCUCCACAGAGUCUUUUCCUUGUGGGAAACUCACUCAGGGACGUUGGAAGAGGUCAGUGGCUCAGGACUCCCCUGAGACCAUCAUGCUGGAGGAGUAUGACACUGAAGACCUGAUUCCCACUGAGAGCCCUUUCCAUCUACUGAACAUCAACAAUACAGAGGGGAGCCCUGAAGAGGAUGACAGCAGCGUCAUACGGAUAGUAGGCGGGAGGGACUGCAAAGACGGCGAGUGUCCCUGGCAGGCUCUGCUCAUCAAUGAGGAGAAUGAGGGCUUCUGCGGAGGCACUAUCCUGAAUCAGUUCUACAUCCUCACUGCGGCUCACUGUCUGCAACAAGCCAAGAGAUUCAAGGUGAGGGUAGGUGAUCGGAACACGGAAACGGAAGAAGGCAACGAGGUGGAGCACGAGGUGGAGGUGAUCAUAAAGCACCACAAGUUUGUCAGGGAGACCUAUGACUUUGACAUUGCUGUCCUCAAGCUGAAGACGCCCAUUGAGUUCCGCAUGAACGUGGCCCCAGCCUGCCUGCCGGAGAAGGACUGGGCGGAGUCGGCGCUUAUGACGCAGAAAUCGGGCAUCGUGAGCGGCUUCGGGCGCACCCAUGAGAAGGGCCGCAUGUCCACCACUCUCAAGAUGCUGGAGGUGCCCUACGUGGACAGGAACACGUGCAAGCUGUCCAGCAAAUUCACCAUCACCACAAACAUGUUCUGUGCUGGCUAUGACUCCAAGCCUGAGGAUGCCUGUCAGGGGGACAGUGGGGGCCCUCAUGUCACCCGGUUCCAGGGCACCUAUUUUGUCACCGGCAUUGUCAGCUGGGGUGAAGGAUGUGCACAGAAAGGGAAGUAUGGAGUCUACACCAAAGUCACCAACUUCCUCAGGUGGAUCGAUAGGUCCAUGAAAGCCAAGGCCAGGGCCCAGGGUGAGCGAAAGGUCCCUACUCUUCCCCCGACAUUAAAGUGAUUGUCCUAACACUUGCCGUUCUGAACAGGCUGAAUCCUGGAAUAGGUUUCCUAUCUGCAAUGAUUAAUGUCAGUGCCUUAUCCUGAUUUUGUUCUUGCUCUAUUGUAGUGGGACAUGAAAGUUUCAUUUGGAACUCUAGAUCCUGCCUGUGCCUCUCCAGGUUUGGAGGUUGCUUCAGGAAAUGUGGUAUUUUAGAGGACAGGGGUCUAAACUCUCCAGGACGACUCCUCUGCUCAAAACCGUGAGGAGGCUGUUUCCACUCAUAGUAUGUUUUUCCAUUUCUGAUGUAACUAAACUGACUUCUUGGUCGGUCAUGCUCAAAAGACUGGAGAAUAAAUAAGCAAGGUCCUGGGAGCACAGACAGAAGGAGGUAGCAGGGGUCAGGGCCAGCCCAUAACUGGAUGGCCUCACCUUGGGGUCGGGGUGGGGGUUCCCCACAUGUGCCGGCAUAGGCUCCCCCAGGCCCCUCAUUUACCUUCCAGGACUGAGACAAAGGUGAACUGUGUCCUCCAGGAGCCUCCUGUGAGAGUCAGGCUCCCUGGGAAGGGAAGGCCAUGAGAGCUCUCAUUGGCAGGGGCAUUUUAACAUUGACUUAACCACUGGUUCUUCUUUCUGGUUUCAUGCUAGAAUCACCUGAGGUACUUUUAAAGAGUGCCCAAGCCCCGGCCCACCCUGACACAGUCUCCUGAGCAGCUUACAUGCCCACCAGGUGCCACCUGUUCCCAGACCAGGGGACUCUGGGAUCCUUCAUCCAGGCCACAGCCCAGAACGCUUAAACCAGAGCCUGUGGGGUGGGCACAUGCCUCGGAAGUUUUUACAGCUCCUCAGGUGACCCCCAAGUGUGUGAUGUGUGCUGGCAGGGGCUACAGGAGGGAUACCCUCUCCUCGACUGGGUCAUGUCUAAAUGCCAAGUCCUUCACCGUCGCUGUCCACACUGAUUCCAGGCCCUCCACUUAAAUGGUCAUGAAAACCAAAUAUGCUUUUAGAAAAAUGGAAAAGGUGACCUCAGACCAGACCUACCAGUGUAUUUUCCAAAUGUCCCUAUACAGUUUGCAUUUUGCGUAACUUCGCUAAACAAAGUUUCAAAGUCCCACUACAAAAACUCCCCAAAAUGUCAGUAGCUUUUUUCUUUUCUUUCUUUCUUUUUUUUUUUUUUUUUGUAAACUGGAGAUAUUGCAAGGUUAGAGUGCUUUGUAAACAAGAAACAUUUCAAAGUUAGAAAAAUCAAUGUGGACAAGUACACAGUUUCCCAGAAACACUCUGAGGAGAGCGGGAACAGCCGAGGGUGAUGAUUCUCUGCUUGCUGCCUUGGCUCCUGCUAAAAGUGAGCCACUGCCGAGUGAGCACCUGGGGAAAAGGCCUCAGACAGCAGGAGACCACCGUGUUGUCGGGCUGAGGGUUUUCUAUGCAGCUGAGCGGUCUCCAUCCAGAGGCAAACCGCAAACUUGGAUUCUUAUUUCUGGAGAUGAAAGGUUGUUUCGGGCCCAGAGAGAACUCAGGGGAAGAUUCACAAAUAAAACAUACCUUCGCUGUUACUACUUGA